CGUUUAAAUUGUCAUCCUUUGGUGUAUGUGUAUACUGGGACAACAAUCGUCAAAAGCAGCGCGAUUCUGAAACACCGUGUGUGUGUGUGUGUGUGUGUCUGUGUGUGUGUGCACAGCCCGUUUUCUACAGUUCCUCUAAAUCCGUGUGACGUCACUCUCCCAGAAUGCCUGGCUUCCAGCGCGGCGCCCAGCAGUCAAGGCCCGAAGUCCAACAAACACCUUUAAACUUGUUGCAAAAUGUCGAUAUGGAGUCGGAGCGGAGGCUGGACGGAGAGGUGGAACUAGGCUCAGUCGGUCUGUGAAGAUGCCGGGCUUCCUGUCAUUCAGCUGCUGAAUGCUAAAUUAGACUGCAGGCCAACACAAGAACACUUCUCAGGAAACACACAGACCCAGUCUGAGCUUCCAAAGCUCCUCAUCACAACAGCCCUUUUGGGGUUGCUAUGGCAGCUGCUGUCACAGAAACCAAGUGCUGGACACAGGCUUGCCCCAGUAAGGCAGGAGAGACCUCUAGUCAUUGCUGCAAGAGACCGUCAGACAGCACUUAGCAUUUAUUGUGUACUUUAACAAACAAUCUGAACUCCGUGGGCUGAUGGUACCAUCUCCUCAUGAGUUUUGUGUUUAUCAGUGCAGGCUCGUGGCCAGAGUCCCUGAGCAGCACAGCCGAAACCCACCAUUGUAUUAGACCAUGUUCCACCAGCAAGACCAUCUAAAGAGCCAGCCACAGGAGAGCCAUCCUGCCACUCGGCAGCUUUUUCACUGCCAGGACUGUGGGAAGCAGUACAACACCCAGCUAGGUUACAGACGCCACCUUGUGGCAGCCCACAGUGUUGCAGCAGCCCUGCCCUGCUCAGAUGUUGCUCCCUCCUUGCUGGAGCACCUGGGUGGCCAUAUUGACAGGCCUCCACCGUCAGAGGGAAGCAUUAAUGUUGCGUUGCCAGUAAGAGAGAGGAAGUACUCCUGUGAGAGAUGCGACCGACGUUUUUACACACGUAAGGAUGUGCGCCGUCACGCGGUGGUGCACACAGGACGCCGUGACUUCCUGUGUCCACGCUGUGCCCAACGGUUCGGCCGCAGAGACCACCUGACUCGCCAUUUGAAGAAGAGCCAUACCCAGGAGACAGGGUUGAUGCCACCCUGCAGUUCCAGCACUCCUGGGGCUACACCGAGCCCCUCCACUAUGUGCCCAGUAAAAGAAGAGCCCAGCCCAGUCACCCCAGAGAUGACCUCUGUCUCCAAGGAGCCCAUGGAGAGUUUUUCCAGGGAAAUGUACUCCUCGUACCACAUGGCCAGUCCUGUCCCUGGCAUGGGCCAGCCUCAUGGCCUUAUUCAGGGCUCCUUGUCCUCGAGCAUGGGUAUGGCUCGCCACAUGCCCUCUCAAUCUUCCCAACCCCACCAUCAUCACCUGGCACCAUCGGCAGCUUCGCAGCAGCAGCAUUACAGCAACAUGCCCCGGUACCAGCACGGCUCUACCUCAUAUCCUCAUGCUGACGUGGACAGCUUCCUGCUGGACCUGCAGAGUGCCCCCCCACCUCACCUGAGUGCAGUAAACUCCUCUACCUCUACUUCUGCUUCCCCUCAGAGGGACAUUCUGGCUGAAGGGGUGAGUGCUGGUAGUGACCCACACUUGAUAUCCAGGAGCCCUGCUGUGCCCUCAGCUGAGCUAUCCUGCACCACCAACAUGGACCUGGGACCACUGCUGAGCUUCUUACCUUUCAGCCUGCCACCUUACAGCCCUCACAUGGGGAUGGGAAGCUUAGUGAUGAGCUAUCCACCUGCCACCACCACCACCACCACCGCGUGCUCUCCAUCCUCUUCCACCGGGCUGUCCUCCCAGGCUCCAGGGCCCUUUACCUUCUUCCAGUCUCCGCAGGCUAAUGCACCACAGGGCCCUGGGCCCCACAACCACACCCAACUACCUCAGGCAUACAGCAGUCCUGCUAUGAGCACAUCCACUUCCCUACCUCACUACUACCAGGCCUUUCAGCAAAACAGUAGAUGCACUUAAUACAGGUGCUGCUCACUGCUCUCACUGAGCCUGUCAUCUGUGAGGAAAGGACACCUUCCUUACUCAGGCAGAUGUGGAAACAUUGGCGCAUUACAGGGAGCAAGCACUACCGAAAAGACUAAACCUCAGAGCACCUGCUCGUUUGACAUUUGGAUCAGCUUCCUGUCAAUGGCGUGCAUUGUCCGCACGAUGUAUCCACGUGUUAUUGUCUUUUAGAAUGAAGCGUUGUUUGUCCCCUUCAAGUUUCUGCAACCCUGUACAAAUGUCUGUCAGAUCAAACAUCUCAUCCAUCUUACUGGAAAUGAAGCACAAAUGAAAUAGAAUGAGCUUUGUGACCAUUAACACACAGUCCCUUUUUAGAAGCUUAGGGACAUUUAGUCAUAAACACUACACACAUAUGGUUUUAUCUUUUAUUUUUUAUUUUCACUGAAGUCAUGUCAAAACACAUGGGGGGCUGCUCUGCUGUUACUGAUGGGGAAACAGGUUUCGAAGUGUUCUGACUCAGAACCAGAAUAUUUGACACAAUAGGAACUGGUGAGACAAAGUUUCCUUAGAGGAAAAUGAACUCGUGCAGUAUUAACUGUUUUGUUCCAAAUAUUUCUGUUUUUGAGUUGCAGCAUGGAUUACCUGUAAAGAGCAACUGGGUGAAUCACAGUUUGCUCUCCAGCUAUUUAGUUUCUUAAACUGUCUCAGAGUCCAGGUGGCUGGAGCGUGUCCCGAAGGGGCUGAAAAGUGGGCUCCACCCUGGACAGACUACCAGGGAGAAACAAAAUAUGGACAUUUAGGAGGCUGAAAUACAUUACUGAGGUGUCAUUUAACGGCCAGUAUGAACAGGAUGCAGUAUUACAGAGAAAAAUCUGUUACUUUCAUAUUUAUAGGGAAUAUUUAAACAAACUACUGGAUCCCAUGUUUUCUAGGUUUGGGUGUUUUUUUUUUUUUAAGUCAGUUUAAUAUUAUUUGUCUCAUUGGCUGCUGCUGCAAUGACCACAGCAUGACGAGAAACCUUUUAAAUGUACAUGUGUGAAUCAAGGGAUUGCUUGAAAAUGGAAAUGGGAAGUAUUGGUUGGACGGUGGCCGCCCUGGCUACGUGACCUGACGUGGGGCAGCUGGGAACUGAUUUAAGCAGAAGGAAGCUUCACAUUCCACCCUGUUACCUGUGUUUUCUUUUUUCCGAACUGGACCACUGGAUGUGAGUACCUUUGGAACCGAGCACGAACAUCCAUGUGGAGCAUUUCUACCCAUUUCACCGUUGCUAUUAACACCAUUCUUCAGUGGCUGUGGUGCUGGACUCUGUGAAUGUGUUUCUGAUAAAAUUAGCACUAUAACCACCCUCAUCCCUCUUGUCCUGGUCUCACCUUUGCUGCUGAUACACAGGGAAGCAGCUAAAGAGUGGAUGGUGUCAGAGCAAAACAAGAAGCCUCCAGUAACAGACCCGGUUACCUGACACUCACCCAAUGUGUCAGGGCUGGUGGAAUGAUUUAAGUCUUCAGCUGGUGUGAAGUGACUGAUGUGAUCUUUAGAGAGGGAGUCAUUUAGAUGACUCUUUCCUCAACAUUCAUAAACCCUUCUAAUUAGCAUUGUGCCAGGCUUCACAUUGUCUUAAAAUGCUACUCUUGUGCCUCUCUAAGAGUGUCUAAUCUCGUGACUGGGUUUAAGCACUUAGGACAUUUCUCAAAAAUUUUGAAUUUGAUGUGUGCCUCAGACCUGGAACUGUGGCUUUCUGCUUUAUUUCUGUUUGCUUUUAGUUGUUUGGACUCUUUUGGUGCCAUUAUAUUGAAACUAUAAAGGUAGACUUGUUCUUUAUGUAGUUGCAGACAUAAUUCAAACCUUCUACCUCUACAUUGUCACAUAACUUUGUGAAGCAAUCAUUAGAAAUAGUUUUAACACAAAGCAGUUUUUAGCACUGAAGAAGGGGAAUUGUUCAGAAGUCAUUCUAACGGCCUGCAUACACGUAGGCUCAAGUGCUAUAUUGGAGAGUCAGCAUUCAUUUCUGUACUUGCCUUUAAUGAUAUUUCUACUUAUUUACUACCUCAGAUGAGAUGGGAGACUGUCCAUCUAACUGCAGAGAAACUUGUCUGUGUAGUUUUAUUUUUGUCACAAGCACAUGUACUUUGUAGCUUUGUAGUUUUUACUGAAGCUAGCUGCUGCAGCUGAUGCUACAGCCUGUGCGUUCACUGCCCGUGCCUCGGCCUCUUUAACACUUGUUUCGGUUAGGGAUCAGGCCUCCGUCUAAAGGAAUUUCACAGCUCUUUACUGGAAUGUUGAGAUGAAGUUGAAGGGGGCGCUGACAUGGAAUAUUCCAAAUAAAUGUUCCUACAGUGAGCGUAGCAGAUUAAUCAAAAAUGUAAUAAGUCCCCAGAAAACAAAACAAAAUCAACAGUCGUGUGAAACUCUACAUACGAUACAUGUGAAGUUCAAUAAGCUGGACAGCCACAGAGAGACUGUCCCAAAUUUGGUAAAAUUGUUUGAGAAUGUAUGUUUGAAAAGUUUGCCAGCAAACACCGAUGGUCUUCAUGUAAGCUGUGACUACAGCUAGACGCACUGCUCGCUGCUCUGUCGGCCUGUGACGCCUAUCCCAGCUACCGUAGACCGUGAGGCGGGGUACACCCUGGAAAGGUAGCUUAAGUAACUAUGGCAAAUGUGAUCAAAUGCACUCCAGACUGAUAAUGGAGAAGCGCAGAAACAAGGUUUCCCCUCACUAAUGACUGUGGUGCCUGCAUUUAGCCUGGCUUUGAGAACCAGUCCAGUACAGGUUUAGCCACCUUAAACUUAGUUACUUUUUGCUUUAGGGAUUUCUAUUCUAAGUUUAAUAGAUUAGGAGACUGUGACAAGAAAAGGAGUUGUCAUUUUCUAAUUAUCUGAACAUAAAGUCAUACAAAAUAAAAUCUUUAGAUUUACA